UUGCAUUUUGGAAAGCGAUCGGCACGCAGAUUUUUUGGCUUGAUUUUUGAUAGUGAUUUUCGACAUAACUCAGACACGUUGAUCUUACAACCUUCUUCUGAUUUAGAGCAUUGUAGAAGUUCAUGGAAACUCAGGCAUCUGAGAUAAAGAUGGAGGUGAGGACCUCUGGAGAGAGGCAGCAGGAAGACAGAGCAUCCUUACUGGAGACCACCACCUCUUUUAGGGUCUCUGAGCUAAGGGAGCUUGAGGAGUACUUUUUUGCUCUUGAGGCAGACAGGAGAAACCUCCAGGAUCUCCUGCAAGAGCAGAAGGAAGACCAUGAAAUGGCACUGAAAGCCCAGAAGAGGGAAAUGAUCCAGGAGAGAAUGGAGUGGGAGAGGCAGAUGAGGGAGAGAGAGGAGGCCCUGCAGUCUGCGUUCAUGUCUGUGGCUAUCAGAAGGGAAAAGAUGAUGAAAGACCUGAUGGCCAAAAUGAGUACCACCAGUCUCAAAUACAUGGACAAAACCAGUGGGACUGGACACAUUAUCACCUCUCAUGUUGUUCCUCAGGGUGCCCUUAACCUGGGAGGAACAGCUAGAAAACAACCCAGAAAAUGGUGGUUCCUCUCAUGCUGCUCCUCUUGUGCUGCUUCUGAGAAUGCAAACACCAGCAGUGCGACAGCAGACAAGAAAAUGGCAGAUCUGCAGCUGAUCGCAAAGCUGGAGGAGCGUGUCAGAAAGGCUGAAACGAAAAAGCAGCAAAAAGCCCUUAAGAAGGCAGAAGAGCAGGCAAAGAAGGCCGAGAAGAAAGUGAUGAAGGCUGAGAAGAAGAGAGCAAAGAAAGAGGAAAAGAAAACAAGGAAUAAGGAUGAAGAAGUCAAGGAAAACAGUCCAAAACAGCUUCUGUCUUCAGCUGCAAAAGAAUGAUGUGACAAAACAUGUCUCAUACCCGGCAGUGAAAGUCACAUUAUUAUCAUUACUGAUAAAAAAAAUAAAAAAAUAUCACAGUAAUAUAUUAAAUACAUCUUUAGU